GGCGGUGACGUGACGUGCUGACGGCGGGCCCGUGCCGGGGAGCUGGGCCGCUUUUUGUCAGCUCCGAGCUCGGCCCCUCCUCCCUCCCUCCGCCCGCCCCACCAGCCGGAGCCCGGCCCAGUGCUCCAGAGAAAGGCCGGCCUGCAGCACCCGCCACCGUCGGCAACCGUCUGCACGCCAGUCCGGAUCUGUGACUGAUGAGAAUUAAAGGCCAUGGAUGAAGAUGGACUUGAAUUACAACCACAAGAGCCAAACUCGUUUUUUGAUGCGACAGGAGCUGAUGCUGCACACAUGGAUGGUGAUCAAAUUGUUGUGGAAGUUCAAGAAACUGUUUUUGUUUCAGAUGUUGUGGAUUCAGACAUAACUGUGCAUAACUUUGUCCCUGAUGACCCAGACUCAGUUGUUAUCCAAGAUGUUAUCGAGGACGUUGUUAUAGAAGAUGUCCAAUGCCCAGAUAUCAUGGAAGGAGCAGAUGUAUCUGAAACAGUCAUCAUUCCUGAGCAAGUGCUGGACUCAGAUGUAACUGAAGAAGUUGCUUUAGCACAUUGCACAGUCCCAGAUGAUGUUUUAGCUUCUGACAUUACUACAGCCUCAAUGUCUAUGCCAGAACAUGUCUUGACAAGUGAAUCUAUACAUGUGUCCGAUGUUGGACAUGUUGAGCAUGUGGUUCAUGAUAGUGUAGUAGAAGCAGAAAUUGUCACUGAUCCUCUGACCACUGAUGUAGUUUCAGAAGAAGUUUUGGUAGCUGACUGUGCCUCUGAAGCGGUCAUAGAUGCCAACGGGAUCCCUGUGGACCAACAAGAUGAUGACAAAAACAACUGUGAGGACUACCUUAUGAUCUCCUUGGAUGAUGCUGGGAAAAUAGAACACGAUGGUUCCUCUGGAAUGCCCAUGGACGCAGAGUCGGAAAUUGAUCCUUGUAAAGUGGACGGCACUUGCCCUGAAGUCAUCAAGGUGUACAUUUUUAAAGCUGACCCUGGAGAGGAUGACUUAGGUGGAACUGUAGACAUUGUGGAAAGUGAGCCAGAAAAUGAUCAUGGAGUUGAGCUACUUGAUCAGAACAACAGUAUUCGUGUUCCUAGGGAAAAGAUGGUUUAUAUGACUGUCAACGACUCUCAACAAGAAGAUGAAGAUUUAAAUGUUGCUGAAAUUGCUGAUGAAGUCUAUAUGGAAGUGAUUGUAGGAGAGGAGGAUGCUGCAGCUGCCGCUGCAGCCGUACAUGAACAGCAAAUAGAUGACAAUGAAAUCAAAACCUUUAUGCCAAUUGCAUGGGCAGCGGCUUAUGGUAAUAAUUCUGAUGGAAUUGAAAACCGGAAUGGCACUGCCAGUGCCCUCUUGCACAUAGAUGAGUCUGCUGGCCUCGGCAGACUGGCUAAACAAAAACCAAAGAAAAGGAGAAGACCUGAUUCCAGGCAGUACCAAACAGCAAUAAUUAUUGGCCCUGAUGGACAUCCCCUGACUGUCUAUCCUUGCAUGAUUUGUGGAAAGAAGUUUAAGUCCAGAGGUUUCUUGAAAAGGCACAUGAAAAACCAUCCUGAGCACCUUACCAAGAAGAAGUACCGCUGUACUGACUGUGACUACACUACCAACAAGAAGAUAAGUUUACACAACCACAUGGAAAGUCACAAGCUGACCAGCAAGACGGAGAAAACCAUCGAAUGUGAUGAGUGUGGAAAGCAUUUCUCUCAUGCUGGGGCUUUGUUUACUCACAAAAUGGUGCAUAAGGAAAAAGGAGCCAACAAAAUGCACAAGUGCAAAUUCUGUGAAUAUGAGACAGCUGAACAAGGGUUAUUGAAUCGCCACCUUUUGGCAGUCCACAGCAAGAACUUUCCUCACAUUUGUGUGGAGUGUGGUAAAGGCUUCCGUCAUCCAUCAGAGCUCAAAAAGCACAUGCGAAUCCAUACUGGUGAGAAGCCAUACCAAUGCCAGUACUGCGAAUACAGGUCUGCAGACUCUUCUAACUUGAAAACGCAUGUGAAAACUAAACAUAGUAAAGAGAUGCCAUUCAAAUGUGACAUUUGUCUCCUGACAUUUUCGGAUACCAAAGAGGUACAGCAACAUGCUCUUAUCCACCAAGAAAGCAAAACACACCAGUGUUUGCAUUGCGACCAUAAGAGUUCGAACUCAAGUGACUUGAAACGACACAUUAUCUCAGUUCACACAAAGGACUACCCCCAUAAGUGUGACAUGUGUGAUAAAGGCUUUCACCGGCCUUCAGAACUCAAGAAACACGUGGCUGCCCACAAGGGUAAAAAAAUGCACCAGUGUAGACAUUGUGACUUUAAGAUUGCAGAUCCAUUUGUUCUAAGCCGCCAUAUUCUCUCAGUUCACACAAAGGAUCUUCCGUUUAGGUGUAAGAGAUGUAGAAAGGGAUUUAGACAACAGAAUGAGCUUAAAAAGCAUAUGAAGACACACAGUGGCAGGAAAGUGUAUCAGUGUGAGUACUGUGAGUAUAGCACUACAGACGCCUCCGGCUUUAAACGGCACGUCAUUUCCAUUCACACAAAAGACUAUCCGCACCGAUGUGAGUACUGCAAGAAAGGGUUCCGAAGACCUUCCGAGAAGAACCAGCACAUUAUGCGACAUCAUAAAGAAGUUGGCCUGCCCUGAUGAUACUUCUACGGAGAUACUGGCCUUGAAGAAGAAAGUUAAUUUUAAAGCCAAUUAGUGUCGUUCACAUAUAAUACUGUAUAUUGAUUUACGCUGUGUACAAAUAGAGUUAAUGCUUCUAGUUGACUUGGUUUUUUACAUUUUGUUCAGUAGUGUGUUCUGAAUUCUAUUCAGUUUGUUUAAUAAUUGGGGAAAAGCAGCAACAAACCUGUUGCUUUUAAUAAAAUAAUCCCUGAUUCUAUACUGAAUUUUUCUAUCUUAGAAGUUUUAUAUUUAUUUAAAUAUUUACCUUGCUUAUCUUGAUGGUACUCUUCUAAGACCAUUUAAUUAACUUGAGGUAACUUUAGAUUGGUAAUUCUGAAAGUUUUCAUGUUGAUUCGUCCCCCCCCCCGCCCCCUGGAUUUCUCACAAUGGAAUUGUCAGCGGCAUCUACUAAUAUCAAUGGGAGAUUUUACAGUCAGGUCUAGCUCUCAUAACAUGGAAAUCCUUUACUUGUCUUAAUAUUUUCAGAUCAUACAGCAGUGAAGUUUCCAUUUGAGCUUUUGUGUCCCUGGCUUCGCUGAGUACAGAACAGUGGCUGGGUUCGUGUUUACUUUUCAUUUUGUUCAGCAGACAAAAUACACUUUUGCCUUUCUUUGGACUAUUUACAUCUUUUGUCAGUGUAGUAAGCUUUUAGAAAACCUUUUUGAGCAAUUUGGCUUGCUCCUGUUGUAAUUUGAUUCUUCUGUCUGUGCUGCUUUGUCUUGGAAUGGUUGUGUGCUAUAAUGAGACUUACCGAGGAUUGCAUUUUGGAAUCUGCUAGAGGUAAUUCCUGGCUCAUAGAAUCUUUUGCAACUUUAUAUAUGUAAAUGUACCCUGAUUUAUAUAUAUACACGCAUAUAUAUAUAUAACACAUGUAUCUGUGUGUAUCGCUUAUUUUACAUAUUUAAACACACAACCCCCAAGUAGUAGUUGUUUAAAAUCUAUAAUGAAAAGUAUUAAACUUACAGUAACAUGAAAGAUCCAGGGAUGCAUGAGAGAGCAUUUUGUAAGUCAUGCUCUUCAGAGAGACUACUCAGGUGAAGAAUUAGAAGGAAAAUAAGGACACUAGUAUUUUUAAAGAGUAAAGGUAUUUUCUUUUAAAUAUCUUUGGUAAUUGAAAAAUAGAAGUUAAUACGUUUCUAGAUAGAAUGUUUUCGUACAAUUUCAGCUCCAUGCCUUUAUAUUUUUUUGAAAAGCUAAUGAGUAUCCAGCUGUAACUCCUUCAGUUCUCUCUGACAAGCCUGAGAGAGAGAAUUCUGUCUCACUAAGUGAGGGAGACAGAGAGAGAGAGAAAGAGAUGGCUCUAAGGACCAGAGAACUGGUGCUAAUUACAAGUUACACUUGGCAAAUGCAGCCUGCUGUGUUUCACAGUUAAGGUUAGCAAACUUUAAACACCUUUAAAACACUCAAGUUGGCUUUGAUUAGAAGAUGAAGGUGGGUUUCAAGUGUAUAAGGAAAGUCUGAGGCCUUAUUUGGAACAUCACCAAGUCUUUGACAGUUCUGUUUUUCUUUGUGAGUUGGCAUCUUUAACAGAUAGGCCUGAAUCAGUUAUAAAUUCGUAGAAUGAUCUGUUGAUUAGAAUUUGGUUAAGAUGACUUGGAGAACAGGAUAGUUUUGGGAGGAGUCCCUUAGAUUGGCUGUUGGCACACAUGUAUCUGGCGCAUCAUGGGAGAUUUAGAAAUUUUCUUCCCACUUGAUAGCUGCCUUGCCACCUCAUCAUGGUGCUCCAUCCAUUUGUGCCAUUAGGCUCUUACAUCACAUCUUUCUCUUUGCCAUCCAUAUUUGUAUUCAAGAGAUGUAUUUUUAGAGUUAGAAAUCCAAAUAUUUGAUGUUUGGCAAGCUUCUAAAGUGCUGGAUUGAUUAAGUAUGAUUCUAAGUCAGGUUUUUUUAGGCUGUUUAUGAACUCCAGCCUAAGUGCCAGUUAAAGUCAAGGCAUUGGUUUUCCCCAGCCUAUCCUAUAGGGAAUUCCUCUGCCUCCUUGGCCCCCAUUCAAGCUUUUUUUUCUUUGAUGUAGUUAAUUUACAGCUAUAUGAGUCAUUGCCCCACAUUCUUGAAAGUUCUGUUUUUUUGUGAAAACCUUUCAAAUCUCCCUUAAUUUUUAUUUUCCCCAGAAAUGAUAUAAAAGAAGACACUUGAAGUAGAAAUUUAUUAAUUUUAAACAUCUGUACACAUUCAGAAAAUGUAAAUGAUUGGGUCGUUUAUAUAUUUUUAAAUAAACUGAAAGAUAACAUAACACUUUACAUACUUUAUAUUUCUCUUAUGUAAUCUGGAAUCCUACCACAGUUCUUUUCUUUUUAAAGCACAACAUUGAAACCUUUAAAAGGUAUUUAAGGGUUUGGUCAAGUGAAUAUGAAAUGUAUCUGUCUGUAUAAAGAGAAAAUGAAAUUGUAGUCACUGUUAUGUACUGACAUUAGUUACAACCUAGUUUUAAUUCUUAAAACAAUUUUGAUUAGCAAAGCUAAAAAAUGGAUGUUUCAGUUAAAUGUUUUAAAGAGGUACAGAUUUUUACAAGGACAUAAUAUAAGUUAUUGUUCUGUAGAAAUAUUAAAUAUUGUAUGACCCUCCCUCUGUAUACUUUGUAUAAAAAUACAUAAAAAGAAAAUCAUAUAGGGAUGUGUGACAUUAUUGUAAUUGUGUACUUGAGAAUAACGUGCAAAAAUAAAAAUCAGAUAUUUUCCUGUUAAUAAAUGUUUAGUCUAUUUGAUACCAAUACUAAGUUAAUGCUUUUUCUUAAAAAAAAUGUACAGUUUUUGUAAACCUAAUAAGCAUCAAAAGCAUUCGAUUAUUUUCACCCCUUUUCUUAAUUCCUUUUAUGCAGCAGUGGAAUGCAAAAUGCUUGAUUGCUUUGAAUUUUGUGACUUGGAUGCAAAUACUGAUAAUAUUUCAGUCCUGUGAAUUUGCAAGUAAUAUUGCAGAGAAGUUAAGAGGUGAUUGGUGAGUCCUUUGAUGAGCAUGUCCUUAACUGAUUUUUUUUCUUUUUAUAAAGGAUUUAUUUUAUUAGCAUCUCCAAUCCCCUAGAGAUAAAAUUACCCAUGCAUGAAGUGUUUUUGAGAGCACUUAAGAAUAAAUUUCCAAAUCCACAGUGCACUUACUCAGAGGGGGCUGCCCCAUUUCCACUGCAAAAGUCUUUCCUUGAGUUAUCUCCUUGUGCCCAGUUCAGAGGGCACCAGAGGAUGCUAAUAGCACUAGAUGAUGGUGGUUGUCCUAGUAAAAAUCCGAAGUUAAGUAGAAGUUAUCAGGAGUCCAGAUAGGUUUCACCACUACUGAUUUCAAAGAUGAGAUUAUGCAUAGUUUGUCACCUGUAGGAACAAGUGUUUGUCUGAUGGUUGAAACAAUAAGUAAUCAAAAUGUUAGGGAAAUGACCAAGAGAAUGUGGAAUCAUUUCAUGAUGAAAAUCUGGGCUGGCAAAUGACAGGUGAUCCCAGACAGAUAACGUGCUACUCUGUUUUGCUGAUAAUCUCAAUGUUGCUUACACGUUUUAGGAUUUCUAUAAGGAAAAGCAUGACCAUUCUGAUAUUUCAGGGCAGUAAUUUUCAGUGUUGCUUGGUAGCACUGGCAGCAUUGAUUGCUUGGAACUUUGUUAAAGAUGCGAAUUCUCACCCCUGCCCAGUCUUGCUGUUUUGGGAGACAAGGCAUGGGGCAUUACAAAAUACAGGUUUUAACAUGUCCUUCAAGUGAUUUAAUGCAUGCUCAAGUUUGAAAAACACUAUUUUCGAGCACUUGAGGAGCUUAAAAAGAUUACAGCUGCAACGUUUUGUGUGAUAGACAAGAAAAUCACAGAAACAAGUAACUAGAGCAGUGAAGGUAAAUAGGAUGCAGACACUUCCUGCCUUGGCUUUAUUUACCCUUUUUAAUAUGUAGCCUACCAGUCAAUACAUAUAUCUGUCAGUGCACAUGUAAAUAGCCUGUACUUCCUAAACCUUGUAUGGCCUUUCCAUAGUCACGUUCGUCAAAGGUAAACAGAACUCGGAGAAAGAUUCAGCUAGUAAAAGAAGGACUGAAAAAGACUGGUGUAUUUGUGUGUGAGUGUGUAACUGGCCCAGGGUUAAUUCAUUUCUAGAAAGCCACUUUGCCACAAUUCUACAGCUUUUUAGAUAAGGUCAAAAUUAAGUUUGCCCUAUGAAUUUUGUUUUAUCUUGCUUCGUGUAUAUAUUGUUUGGCUUUUUCAUAAAAAUAAUUCUUGGAUUUGUUAUAUAUUGUUCCUGUUAUUUUUGACAUCCUUGCUAUUGUAAAUAAAUUCCUAUUUUGUUUUAAGUUACCCUAGUGGAGUGUUGGCUAUAGACAAAGGCAUACACACAAAUGCACGCUUGCACACACAGAAAUGAGGACAAAUGCACACUUGCACACAUAGAAAUGAGGAAACUUCAGUCACGAUUCCCCAGUUAUUACAAGCUGGAAAUGAUUUACUGCUUCAAUAGUUCAGCACUUCUAGCAACAAGGAAAGCAUCACUUUAGGGCAUAGGAAUAACAUCUAUGCCUACUUGGAUUUUAAAAUAAUUUUUUGACCUUUCAUGAUGUAAAAAUUCAUCAAAUUUGAGGCCAAAAUCUACGAUUAUUUUCCCCUGAUUUUGCCUAUUCUGUUGGUCUGUCAUGUUCCUUCUAUCGCUGAUAUUGGUGAGUACAAAGGAUUUGGAAGGUUAGUAGCCUGCUGAUAGUGUAAAGCUACUGGGAUACAUUGGUAUUGGAAAUUUUAGGAAUUCUGGAUGGCAUUUAGUUAUGUGUAUUACCCAGAAAUACCUGAACACAUUGACUAAAACAGCUGUUAUCUAGUCUUAUAAUUCCAAGAAAGGGCUGUUUCUGCUUGUCCUCCAUACUGGCAUUUGGUUUUACAUGCACAAGCUGUUUAUUUUUGUCUGAGAUUCUUUGAAAUAAGGGCAGCUGCUUGCUGCAAGCCACCUCUUGGAGUUUGGGAGCUUUUCAUUAGGUUUGCCCCUGUAACACUGUAACCACAUUGAAAAUAGACACAAGAACCCAUCAAAUGAGUAUGUGAUUUAUUCUGGUAAAAGCUAGAUUGGAAAACUGAGCAGCUGAAAUGAAUAUCAUCUCCAAUUUGUUUUCCCCCAAUGUAGAUGCAUUCAGUCCCU